AUGGACCUCCGUGAAUCGAUCAGGAUCCAAACCGACGUCGCAUUGACGCUCUCCAAGCAUAUUCUCUUAACCGAAUCCAACUACUCCAACUUGGUGUUCUCGCCUCUGUCUAUUCAGGUGUUGCUCAGCCUCAUCGCCGCCGGGUCCAAGGGCUCCACACUUGAGCAGUUGCUCUCUUUCCUCAAGUCCAAGUCCAGCGAUCACCUCAGCUCCUUCUCCUCUGAGUUAUUAGCGGUGGUUUUCAUCGACGGGAGCGCCAGUGGUGGGCCAAGAUUGAAGUUCGCCAACGGUGUCUGGGUGGACAAAUUACUCUCUCUUAAGCCUUCUUUCAAACAGGUUGUGGACAAUGCCUAUAAGGCUGCUACUAACCAAGUUGAUUUCCAAACCAAGGCUGUUGAAGUGACCAAUGAAGUUAACACAUGGGCUGAAAAGGAGACUAAUGGCCUUAUCAAAGAGGUUCUGCCUUCGGGAUCAGUUGAUAGUACAACAAGGCUCAUCUUAACAAAUGCUCUCUAUUUCAAAGGAGCUUGGAAUGAAAAGUUUGAUGCAUCAACCACAAAAGAUGAUGACUUCUACCUGUUGAAUGGGAGCUCAGUUCGUGUGCCAUUUAUGACUAGCAAGAAGAAGCAAUUUGUUUGUGCCUUUGAUGGUUUUAAAGUCUUAGCACUUCCUUAUAAACAUGGUGAAGAUAAACGCCAAUUUUCCAUGUACUUCUUCCUUCCAGAUUCUAAAGAUGGGCUGCAAGCUUUGGUUGAGAAAUUGGCUUCUGAAUCUGGAUUCUUAGAUCGCCACCUUCCACCACAACGAGUAGAAGUGGGUGACUUCAGGAUUCCAAGAUUCAAGAUUUCCUUUGGGUUUGAAGCUUCCAAAGGUCUAAAGGGAUUGGGAUUGGUGUCGCCUUUCUCUAAUGAAGCAGACUUGACUGAGAUGGUAGACUCUUCUGUAGGCCAGGGCCUGUGUGUUUCAAGCAUAUUUCAUAAAUCAUUUAUUGAAGUGAAUGAAGAAGGCACAGAAGCUGCAGCUGCUUCUGCUGGUGUUAUAGCAUUGAGGGGUCUUGCUUUCUCCACUAAGAUGGACUUUGUAGCUGACCACCCAUUCCUUUUCCUCGUCAGAGAAGACAUGACUGGAGUGGUGCUGUUCAUAGGCCAGGUGCUCGAGCCCCAACAGGCUGAUUAA